AUGGUUGAGGCAGAAAUACAAAUUCCUGAAAAUUAUGAUUAUCCUACUCCAGGGCAUCUGAUUAUUUGGCUUGACACUCAUAUUGGUAGACCUAACGAGUGUAAAAAAUUAAAAGAAGCUUUUGCUAGUAAUAUGGAUCCACGAAAUCAAACUUGGACAAUGUUGACUGACCCAGAUUAUGAUAAUCUUCUUCGUAGUAAUGAAGCUAGGCCAGUCCAUUUUGCUGGCGUACCUUUUCUACUGUUGGCCUUUGAUGAUUUAACUAGAUGCUAUGAAUCUUUCGAACAAAAUAAAGAUAAACAUAUCUAUUUUAUUACUUCUGGAACUAUGGGCAAAGAUAUUAUACCACGACUUAUUGCAAAUUAUGAACAAUUAUUUAAAGAUCCAAUCACUAAUAAUUCUUAUUAUUCGAUUUAUAUUUUCUGUGGAAAUACAGAAUAUCACGUGGAUUGGUUAUAUGAGGUUCGAGGCUACGUACAAGUAUUUAAUCAUGAGGCCGAUUUAUUAGCACGCAUGACACGUGACGUUGCUGAUUAUUUUGUUGAACAAGGUCGUCAUUGUCUCCAAAAUGCCCUUCUUCGUUACAAAUGGUCAAAAAAACUCUUUACUCAAUAUUCUAAAAUGGGAGAAAUUUGUAGACAAAAUAUGCAAGAUGUCGAAAAAAUGAUGGCAGAUAUAGAAAAAAUUCUACAACCACACAUAUCUAAUCCUCAUGUUGAUGGAAAUAACCCCAAUGAGAACAACUAUAAUGAUGAUGAUGAUAAUGAUGAACGACCUAGUGAACCCUGCAGCUGA